AUCGGCGGAAGUACUGAGAAAUGGGGCGAAUCUGUGGGUAUUGUCGACGAGAAGGGAUGUCUUCGGCGAGUGUUAGCCAUCGAAGAGCUCCGCAAUUAUCUGCCGCUGGAGUGCACUAACGCUACGACCGACUCAACCAUCUAUUGCUCGCUUAUCAACGAUCGGUUCCCGAGGUUUUUCGACAGCACUUAUAAUUACCUCCAGCGAUGGCGUAUGCGAUACAACGUCUUCGCCGACGGCCUAUUGGCUGACAAACACGAGGACUGCGAGCGGCAAACGGUUGUCCACAUCGGGGAACUCCACCUAUACUUUGAUCUCAUGCCUCAGUACCCGAAUCCUCAUUACGUGAACAACAGUUUCUACGCCAACGGAAAGCCGUCGGAGCGGCCCCUGGACUCGGAAGCGGUGAGUCGUGUGAUGGCAGCCAUCGAUAGCGUGCGUCAGAGUCGAGACAUACAUCAGCUGCGACUCCCGGUGCGCGCCGACCGGUUCCACAAUCUGGACGCCAUUCACGCGAAGUUCGAGGAACGGCAGCAGGAAAUGGUGGACGAGUCGAGGGCUGUCCACCGAAAGGGUGUCCACAAUCACCACAACAACAACCGUUUUCACGAGACGGGCGGUCGAGGAGGUGGUGGUGCAGGUCGUGGACGCCAUGGUUACGAGACGUCACAGAGGGGUCGACGCGAGAGUCCAGAGAACCGGUCGUUCGGACGCCAUCGACAGCAGAGGCCGGAGUUGACGGACAAUAGCCGCGAGUCGUCGACCACAGCA